CUGCUUGCGAAUUACGGGAUGGACCUGGAGGCUUCCAUUUUUGGCGGGUAUUCCCCUCUUCAACUGGACGACUCCAGCUCCAGCGAGGGGGCCAUCUACCUGCCGCUCGGCAAAGGUGCGCGCAAAAACAUCCGCGAUGAUGCCAGUCGUACGGCACUUGAACUUGGGGCCGAGAAGAGACACCUGGGCAUAAUCAGGCUGCUCGUAAAUCGUGGAGCAGAAGUAGACGCUCGCACCGCAGAUGGUCGGACUCCUCUGCACCUCGCCGUGCGCAAUUCUGAAGACGAUGUGGUCCGUCUACUUCUCGAAUUCGGCGCAGAUGCAGCGGCUCGCGAUGCUGACGGCGUGACCUUGCUGGACGUCGUCGAUGAGGAGAUGAAGACCUCGGAGGACCCUGCAAGGUGGCAAAGCAUCCGCGCCAUGUUGGUUGGAGCCGGAGCGAGGGACGAC